AUGCCAAAGCUCAUCAUCAUCGUUGCUGCAGUGGCAGCUGUUCAGGCAGUUCUCUUUCCUUUACCCCCCGGCCCGUACGGCGUCGGCCUGCGAAUUCAAGACUAUACCGAUAACAAACGCCUGGAUCCCUACGCGCCCAAGGGUCAAAGCCAUUAUAGGCGUGUCGUGAUUUCCGCAUUUCUGCCCGUUGAAAAAGAGAAAUGCCAGACGGAAGCAGUACCCUACAUGCCGCCUCUGACAGCCGCCCAAGGUGACGGGCAACUCGUAGGCACAGGUUUCGCCAACGACUCCCUUUCCAGUGCUAAGAUGCAGGUUUGCAAGCUUUCCUUGGUGGAAUUUCCAGACGGCUCUGUCAUCAAAAAUACUACUUUUGAACUGAAUCCAACAGUUUUCGCACAAGCUGCAAAUGUUCGCGCAGACGAUGCCUCCUUCAUUCUCGAUAUGCUUCACAACCCUUACACACUGGCCAAGCUCACAGCAGGCCUCUACGGCCAAGUCGACCCGGAAAGGAUCUUGAUGUACGGCCACUCCCUCGGUGGCGUCACAGCUUCGAAGGCCAUGUUCCAAGAUAAGCGUAUCAAGGCUGGUAUGAAUGUUGACGGCUGGAUGUACGAACCUACCGUCGUCAGUACCGGACUCGAUAGACCCUUCCUCCUGUUGGGAACUCCGAAACAAUAUGAUGAGUUGGAUUCCAACUGGCCCGAGUUCUAUGAGGAAUGGAAACCUAAGAUGUAUGAGAUGUUCGGGUCAAUUGAUGCCCUUCCAUUGCAGACAAUUACGAAUGAGGUCCUGAGCGGACUUGCCGAUGUGGCGUUCAACAGAAAUGACACCAAGCUUCGCAAUAUGGAGAAAUUCCCCGAGGUUUCCAUUGAGCACCAAGACUUUCCUAAAGGCCGUUGA